CAUGGAGGCGGGAAAACCGAACCAAAAUCCGGGUAAGAAGACCGGAGCCGCGACGAUGGAGCACGUGCUACUGGCGUUAGGCGAGACGAAGGAGCAGAGAGAGGCGAGGAUUCGGAACCUGUUCGAAUUCUUCGACAAUUCGAAUUCAGGGUUCUUAGACGACACCCAGAUCGAGAAAGGUCUGUCUUCGCUUAAAAUUCCUCCAAAGUACAAGUACGCUAAAGAUUUCCUCAAAGUCUGCGACGCGAAUCGAGAUGGGCGCGUGGAUUUCGAGGAGUUUCGUCGGUACAUGGACGCGAAGGAGCUUGAGCUCUACAUGAUUUUCCAGGCCAUUGAUGUCGAACACAACGGCGACAUUUGCCCAGAGGAACUAUGGGAAGCUCUUGUUAAGGCUGGCAUUGAAAUUAAAGACAAGGAACUCGCUUCUUUCAUGGAACAUGUAGAUAAGGACAAUAACGGGAUUAUAACUUUCGAAGAGUGGAGGGACUUUCUUUUGCUACACCCUCAUGAAGCCACGAUUGAGAACAUUUAUCAUCACUGGGAAAGAGUGUGCUUAAUAGACAUCGGGGAGCAAGUUGUUAUACCUGACGGUAUAAGUAAACACGCGCAGAGAAGCAAAUUACUUCUCGCGGGAGGACUAGCCGGAGCUAUAUCUAGAACCGCAACCGCGCCUCUAGACCGCCUGAAAGUUGUUUUGCAAGUUCAAAGAACAAAAGCAGGUGUCGUCCCGACCAUUAAGAAGAUAUGGAGAGAAGAUAAGUUGCUGGGUUUCUUCAGAGGUAACGGGCUAAACGUAACGAAAGUCGCUCCUGAAAGCGCCAUAAAGUUUGCUGCUUAUGAAAUGCUGAAACCAAUAAUCGGGGGAGACGAUGGUGAAAUUGGCACAAAAGGGAGGCUUUUGGCUGGUGGAUUGGCUGGUGCAGUGGCUCAAACCGCUAUUUAUCCAAUGGAUCUCGUGAAGACUCGGUUACAGACUUGUGUGAGUGAACUUGGGAAGACACCAAAGCUGUGGAAACUCACAAAGGAGAUUUGGAUUCAAGAAGGACCUCGAGCGUUUUACAAGGGUCUUUAUCCUUCUCUUAUUGGGAUUAUCCCUUACGCAGGAAUUGACCUUGCUGCUUACGAAACUCUUAAAGACUUGUCGAGGACAUAUAUUCAUCAUGACACCGAGCCGGGUCCUCUCAUACAACUCGGAUGUGGAAUGACGUCUGGAGCUCUUGGGGCAUCGUGUGUUUACCCGUUACAGGUCGUACGAACAAGAAUGCAAGCUGAUAGCUCAAACACUAGAAUGAGCGAAGAGUUUCUCAAGACUCUAAGAGGCGAAGGUCUAAGAGGAUUUUACAGAGGAAUCUUUCCCAAUCUUUUCAAAGUGAUUCCUUCCGCAAGCAUUUCCUACCUUGUGUACGAAGCUAUGAAGAAAAAUCUGGCCCUUGAU